AUGCGCUCCCUGGUUAUCUCAGUACUGUUGUACACCUGCGAAACCUGGACAUUGACAGCGGACAUCCUGAAGAAAUUACAGGCCACUAAGAUGAGAUGCUUUAGGAAACUGCUUGGCAUCUCAUACAGUGACCUCAUCACUAACGAUGCAGUCAGAGACAGAAUCAGACAAGCCAUUGGGCCGUAUGAUGACAUCUUAACCACGGUAAAAAACGCAAGUUAAAGUGGUUUGGUAACAGCAGGACUUGCCAAGACAAUUUUACAAGGAACAGUGCUAGGAGAGAGAAGGAGGGGCUGACAGAAGAAGAGUUGGGCAAAUAAUAUUUCUGAGUGGACAGGGUUGAAGUUUUACUACGCCCUAGGAGAAUCUGAAUCAAAACUAAAUGGAGGAAAGGGUUGCUUGGUCCUUGGCGCCCAUACGGUCACCAUGACUACGAGAUAGGUGCAAGGAGCAAGACUUGUUUAUCCGGCAAUUAAAUACCGCAGCGGAAAUUCCACGCUUCGCCCGCACUUUAUGAGAAAUGUUUCGGUAUGAUUGUAGCCUGCAUAGCAGACGCCAGUUUGUUUUUUAGGGCGAAGAAAGAAAUUCCAAGGAAGUGUGUUCCCUUCGCGCGGCCUCGAAAAAAAAAUAACCGGCGCUUGCUACGUAAGCUACAUAAUUAUAUCAUUCUCUUUGCAAUCAGCAAACGUUCUAUGUUGUUAGGGUACUUAGCAAUUCAAAUAAUAUAAUAAUAAUAAUAAUAAUAAUAAUAAUAAUAAUAAUAAUAGAUGUUAUUAUUAUUAUUAUUAUUAUUAUUAUUAUUAUUAUUAUUAUUAUUAUUAUUAUUAUUAUAAAAUAAUUUUUGUAAAAAUUUUAACACAAAAACAAAAAUAAUGAAAGAAAGAAAGAAAAAGAAACUGGCAUAUUGUCCACUCUGUGUGCUGAAACGUUGUCACCUCCCUAUAUUUCGAGCCCGAGCCUAAUUUAUCGAAGACACUUGAAUUGAAGGUCUGCUUAUGCGACUUGUUAUUUUUGUAAACAAUAUUUUAAAACAUAAGCUAGCGAAUAUUAACGUUAAAAGCCGACGUUUCGGUAUAAUCAUGACACCAUUCUCACGGCAAAAUGAAUAAUAAUGCGAAGAUUUCAUUUCUAUAGUCUCUAUAAAUUAGCAUAAUAACAAAGGAUCACAAGUUCUUCAAGUGAAUACCUUUGCGCGAAUCGAGUCCGCCUGCACGUUUAGGGAUGGUUUGAGAUCUCUUAUAAAGAGCAUGUCCUUAAUUAGGCAAUCAAAUUUGUUAGAGCCUUUAGUGAGCACGUGAAAUUGUUCUGAAAGAACAGGUGGUAAGUCCGAGUUAUGUUCGCUAAAAUAAUGUUUACAAAUUGAUGACCAUUUCUGUUUGUGUCCAUCAACACGUUCGUGGAGGUGGCCGCGAGUAUAACCAACAUGUCCUGCAUCGCACAGGUUAAAUUGAAAUUGAUAAACUAAACAUUGUUGGUUAACAAUGGCUGGCUUGAAUUCUCGAAAUUUAAGGUCUUCGUUGAGAUUUCUGCUGAUGAACACGGGCUGAAUAGUGGUCUUGAUUUUUAAGCUGAGGUCUGUGAGACCUUUGCAGCUAAUUUACUGAAUAUUACAGUAUCCGAUUAUUACGUGUCCUGGUCAAAGGUGAAAAGAAAGGAAAGGAGCCGUCCGUUUUUAUUUGUUUGUUUUUUUGUUUUACCUUGCAAAAUUAAUCAAUCGCGGAGCAUUUGGUUCCAUCUUGUCAGUGUCAUGUCUGGAGUCUGAAACAAGCCCGGGAAGUCUGUGUAGAUCUCCAUGAUCACGGGAAUCACAACAGUCCCUCCCAUUAAAGCUCUAGUUCCAUUACUGGGUCAUUAUCUUAUUCUGUGGAACUCUAGAUUGUUUUAUUGUAAUUAUGUGGGAUGAAUAGUCAACUUUGUUAUCCGACGCAAAUCAACAUAAGGAUUCAAGAUAAUUCAAGAAAGUUUAGUCGCCGAGAAUAGCUACGCAUUACUGUUUCCAAAUUGAAAUCUUGUCAACCAAAUUCCAGUUACGUCACAAUUCAAAGCAACAAACACGUUAGCAAGGCAUUCGGUGUAGUAUAUGUGAAUAGUUAGGUCUACUGUCCCCACCCCCAUGUUUGUAUUAUCGAGCAUGCGCUUUGACUGUUAUGAUGAUUGAAUACACAUGUUUGCACGAGCAGCAAUGGUGUGUCUGUUGGUGGUUAAAUCCGAUACAAUCCUUGGUUAAAUCCGUAAGACACUACAUUUUGGCGACGAGGAUGGGAUUUGAAGAAGUUUAUAGGAGAUGGCAAGUGUAUAUUUAAGCGAUGCACACGGAUUAAAGCCGUUUGACUGUUCAGAAACUGCUGGUAUUUCCGCACGCUGGGAGAGAUGGGGCGCGAUCCAUUCAACCAAAAUUUCCGGAAAUUUCGGUCCAAAACUCAAUGGAUCGGUUCGGUCCAACCGGAAACGUUUCCAAAAAAACGGGUCCACCUUUUGAGGUGGACCCACUUUUCCCGGUCGGACCGGUUGGAAUUUUGGUUGAAUGGAUCGCGCCCAUGGCUUCGAGCUUUUGAAUUGUUGGCCACCGGAAAAGGAGUCAAAAAUGUCGAUCAGAAGAAGGCUUUAUUGCUGCACACUGCCGGAUUAAAUGUGCAAGAUAUUUAUUUCACGUUGACCGAAGAAGGAGGAUCAGAUAGCUAUCAGAAAGCAAAGGCGACCUUGAAUAAAUAUUUCAAACCGCAAGCGAAUGUUCCGUAUGAAAAGCUUUGUUUUCGUGAAAAAGGUCAACUGGCAAACGAAAGGGUCGAACAGUUUGCUACCAGACUGAGACAAAAAGCCCAAACCUGCGAAUUCGGAGACGCUGCAACUGUGAAUGAGCAAAUUCGUGAUCAAGUGACAAGCAAUUGCUUGUCGCACGAACCCCGUCGGAAGUUACUUCAUAAGGGUCGAAACUUGACACUACCACAAUUAAGAGAAAUUGCUCGUUCCAUGGAGGAAUCUGAAAAACAGGCCCGUUAA